AUUGCGCCACUUAUAGUCAGGUGGCGGGGUAAACAUGGACCCCAAGACAACAGGGCUGGCAUCCAACACUGUCUUGGAGCCUCCUGGGGCCUUUAAUGGCGUAAUGACGGAGGGAGUGCUGGAUGACGAGAUACUGGAGGUCAUUACCCCACGCCUCAGUAUCCUGGACGAGCAAGUGGAAGACGUCAAGCCGACAUUUUGUACAAGAUGUCGCACCAUUUCCGCCUCCUUCCUCUCCAGCUCGUAUGUUUCAAGUGGCCACGAUAGUAUUAGUAUUUCUAGUGUGGAGAGGACUAGCAGACGAGGCGAAGUACUUACGGACCCCACCCAUGUGUGUACUAAUGGGACUCCUGCCCAGACUGAUGAUGAUGAUGUCCCCCUUCUGCGUGAUGAGGAUGAGGAGGAGGACCAAGAGGCCAGGCAUGGAUCCCUCAGCCAAGGCAGCCUCAGUUCAGACCACUGCCACUUACCAAAACCAAGUGUUCAGUCCUCCAAGCGGGCCAUGACCAAGCUCUCCAUUGCCUGCUGCCUCACCACUGUCUUCCUGAUUGGUGAGGCAAUUGGCGGUUACCUGGCCAACAGCAUUGCCAUCAUGUCCGACUCAGCCCACCUGCUGAGUGAUCUGGUCUCCUUCCUGGUGUCCCUUAUGGCCAUAUACUUUGCCAUGCGGCCGGCCUCAAAGAAGAUGAACUUUGGCUACCACAGGGCUGAGGUGCUGGGGGCUGUGGUGAGUGUGCUCAUCAUCUGGGUCAUCACUGGGAUCCUGGUGUAUGCGGCUGUGCAGCGUGUCAUAACCAUGGACUUUGAGGUGGAGGCCGACACCAUGAUCAUUGUGGCUGGCCUUGGCGUCGUCAUAAACAUCAUCCUUGGCGUGGCCCUUCACACAGGUCACGGUGGCCACAGUCAUGGUGGCCACGGCCACAGCCACGGGAGGCCACACAUCCAGCAGCAGCCCUCAUCCACCUCCCCUGAUCAGCCCCAGGGGUCUUCAGGAAAUGCCACCAACAUCAAUGUCCGAGCAGCCUUCAUACACGUGCUGGGGGACUUGAUCCAGAGCAUUGGUGUGCUUAUAGCAGCUUACAUUAUCAGAUUUUAUCCACAGUACAAAAUUGCUGAUCCCAUCUGCACCUUCAUCUUUUCGGUGCUAGUCCUCUUUACAACGGUGCCCAUCCUGAAGGACUUGGCUAAUGUCCUGAUGGAGGGAGCCCCUGCAGGAGUGGACUAUGCAAUGGUGGUAUCCAACCUCACGGCUCUUCCAGGUGUCAAAAUGGUGCAUUCCUUACAUGUGUGGGCGCUUACCCUGGAUAAAAAUGCUUGCUCAGUCCACUUGGCCAUUGACUCCCACACAGACCCAGAGUGUGUGCUGAGGGAUGCACAGCGAGUCAUCAGGUCAAGGCAUCAGAUCCUCCACACCACCAUCCAGGUUGAGCGUUACCAGCCACUGCUGAUGGACAACUGCUACCAGUGUCAGCCACUCACCUGAUUGAGAGGUACCUGAGCCCUUAGGAUCCACCUUCGCCUGUCUCUUUCAAUUCAUGUAUUAUAGAGGUUUACAGCUGAGUCCUUCCUGAUGCAUCUUUUGUAUGUGAUUGGUGGUUGUUUAUCUUGAGAGUGCCAAGUGUUUGUGAUGUGUUUGUGUGUACAUGUUUGUGUUUCCAUGGCAGAUAAACUCUCAAGUUGCAUUUCCAUUCUCUAGAGUAACAAACACUGAGUGACGUGCUCAAGGCAUCAGGAGAGGGCUGGUGUAGUGCUGUGCCUUGUAGUCAGAUCUGGACAGGUUCCGGUGGCUGUAAAAUGUAUAAUAAGAAUCUUUCAUGUUUUCAUCUAUAAUAAGAAUUUUUAUGAAUGGCUAGGACAAUCAGAACCGCACAUCAUGCAACAAUGAUUAAGCAGAUUUUAUUCCUAAUUAAUUUUGUGUAGAUGUGAUCAUGUUACAGAGUCUAUUAUUUCAGAAUUGUCAGAAAAGUUUUCAAUUUUUGUAGUUUUAGGUACAAUUAGUAAAUAUUACUAGUUUUGAUAGGAAGCCAUAGUAUUAAUGUGUGAGUUUGUAGGGAUUGUAUUUUUAUAGAACACUUGUGAUACUGAAGUAACUCGAAAAAUUAGGACCAGAAAAGCAGGCUUUCUCAGUAUUCUGCUCAAUGCUUGCUGGAUGAGCCGGGUGAGAAAAGGUUGUGAUAUCACCUCAUUUAUACCUAAUGGAGAAAUAACUAACAAGUAAGUGUAUGUAUAUAGGAACUUUGCACAGAUUUUCUGCCAUUUUUGUACCGACACUGGCUGGUGAACAGUUUUUACUGGUAGCAGUCACCACCAAGGCAACGCUUGGUGCAGUCUGUGUGUCGUGGUGCUCGUAGACAGUAGAAGGAACACUGAGAUUAAACAUUUGUAUUAGUUUAAAUUUUUUUUGUGUGAAUGUGAGAAAUAUUCAGUAAGAUUGUAACAGUUGUUUGAAUAUUCAGACUGGUAUGGAUUUAAGAUUGUUCUUGAAGUAUGGCUUUCAAUAUUGGGACAUUUUUAAUUGGGGCAUUUGCAGUGGUCUGGAAAAAACUGCCAGAUUCACCAGCCAACUCAAUUUUACACACAAAAAAAAUUAUUUGCUUGAAAAAUAUAUCUUAUCAUUUAUGUAUUAUCAAGUUAAUUCAUAAAAAUAGGAAGAUUUCAGCCAUCAUGAAAUAGAAAGCAAAAAGUGUGACAAACACUCUUGGGUUUGUAAUACAUAGUCACUUUGGGACAAAUGCUAUUUUUACCUCUCUACAAGUUUACUUUAUCCAUUGUAGUUUUAUAAUUAACUUGAAUCCUGGUACAUCUGAGGGAAAUAACUGUCUCUUGAUGCAGAAUCUUUAGGCGAAGUCAACGUGUGUGAUGUUGCCUGGUCCUUUCAUCUUGGCAUGGUUUUGUCAGUCACAGUAUCCUUGUAGCAAUAAUAAUACUUGUUUGAUUCUUUUCAGGACUUACCAGUUAAACAUUAGUAACUUUAGAAAACAGUGGAUAGAAUUUUAGAAAUUAAGCAUGUAGAAAGAGACCAGAAGUAAAUAUAAAGAGUUUAAUUAAAAUUAUUUAGCUUAUAAUAACUGUUCUGUAGAAUGUGCAUCACCAAAUUCAGUGGAUACUGUUCACAUGAAACACUUAGGAGUAGUGUGUUGCUGCAUGUAGGUACAGUACAUCAGUGUAUCACAAGAGACAGUUUUAGAAUGUGGAUCUGCAGAGCACUGUGAAGUGUGUACCAAGUCUUACUUUAAAACAGCCAGUGACCAACAGCAACUCAGAUGACUGCAAACACCCCAGUCACAAGGUGCAACAGAGUUCUACUCCUUACAGAAUGUUCUUCCCAAUCUCUCAUUUUCUUAUUAAUUUUGUUCUCAUAAAAUUAUAAACCAGCACAGUUCCUUGUAGUGUAUGGAGACUUAGCUGGACUUUUCUUGUGGUUGUGUUUCUUACAAAAUUGCCUUGUAACAGUUGUGCAAUGAAUCAAGUGAUGGACAAUUGAUACUUGCACAAUAUAUUUCUGAGUGAUUGAGUGAAGUGAUUAUGUGUUUUGGGCAUCUCUGGUCCCCUUGUUCCAAGUGUUGUAUAUAUAUGGUGAACAAAUUGUACUGAGGAAUAUAUUAAGUUUAGUGGGAUUCUCACACAAGCCAUAUUGCCUGAGAUAACAAAUAACCCCAUCCAUGACUGCAUGCAAGCUUCCCACACACAAUGCCCCUUCCUUUGUGGCUGACAAGUUGAGUUGAGGUCUGUGGAGAUUAGUUGAACAUUGUAUUUCAAAAAGCUUUUUCAAUCUGAUCUCAAAACUUGGAUGACUUUCAAUAAUAUAGAUUCAUGAUUUUUUUAUGAGUGUUUGUUUACAAAAUUGUGUUAUCAUACAAACGUAAGCCACUGCACAUGUGUGGCAGUGUUAAUCUCAUGGUAGAAAUGUUUCCUUUGAAUGUUCAUGUUAUGCUGGCAGUAGAGCAGGUUACUGUGAGAACAUUGAGGAUCUUGGAUGUGGAGAGCAUAGCACCACAACAUACAGCAAAAGAUUGCUUUGCCCUCAGAACAGCAUGCUGUUACUGUUGCCAGUGUAAGUGGAACAUGAUGUGGUCUUGCUAAACACAAACAUGGAACAUAGUGAUUCAAAGCAAGAAUGAAGAAUGAAAAAUGACAGUAUCCUUUUGCAGCAUUCACUGCUGCCCUUCUGAGUGAUUCAGUAGAUGUAAAAAUAACAACAUUUUAGAAUUGUUUAGUAUUUCCAUUGCUAAUCCAUCAAUGUACAAGUGCUGCAAAACAUAUCAGAUAUACAAUUGAAGCGAGUGGAAAUACCAAGAGCAUAUUUCAUAAAAAGAACUAAAUGAUAAUUAAUAAUAAUGAAUGCAGGACUUACUGAUGCACAUUUUUGUUUGUUUGUAUUGUUUUUAUUAUGGUGAUGAAAACAGUGUGCAUUCAGAAAACAGUAUGUGUACCAGCAGGCUGUCUCACCACCACCACCACCUUAGCUCAACUUGUUCACAAAGGUAGAACUCACUUUGCAUUGCUCUGAGUAUGAUGUGUGGAUUUCCAUGAGCUCAAUGAGGGCAUGGGAGGAGGUUGUCCACAUACUUCAUGACACACCUCACAUCAUUAGCACCACACACUCCAUGAUGUAUUUUACAGCACAGCACACACACACACACACACACACACACACACACACACACACACACACACACACACACAAAGUUUGCACCAGAGAGAAGAAGAACGGUGCAGAGGAUUAAUUUGAAUUUUCUAUAUACAUGUACAUUUUUGCAAAUAAUUCCACUGGUGUCAUUUGUGCAAAGUGACCCUAUAUAGAAAAUCUGCAUUGUAUAACUUUGUUCAUUGUACUAAAAUUGUUAAGAAGUGUCUGCAUAAAGAGUAGUGUUUUGAGAAUCCUAAUAUGUUGCGUGACCAUCAGCCAAAGGAAAUGGCCGGAGAAAUAUUAUAGCCGCCAGUAUCACAUGCUUUCCAACAAUGGUUAGUGUGAUGCUCACUACUAUGUUAUUUCUCUUGCAUCAUGUUCAUACUUAUAGUGAUUUUUAGUCUUGUAGCAUGUUUGAAUUCCUGAAACACAGAUAUUUAGUAUAAAGCUGCAGUAAAGUGCAUACAUGAAUAAGGAAAAUUAGCUUACAUGAAAACAAAACUUGUGAAUACUUUCUGUAUGAAGGCAGUGGAUAGGAUUAGUGAUUAGUGAGUACAACAUGUGCUGGUGCAGCCUUUAGUGUGUGUAGUGAGGCAAUUGAACAUACAUGACUGGCAGGACUCACCAUAUACUCAUUUGUGCUCUCUCUCUCUCUCUCUCUCUCUCUCUCUCUCUCUCUCUCUCUCUCUCUCUCUCAGUAGGUCUUCCAUGAUAUUAUUGAAAUUUUGUAUAGUUUUACAUAACAUUUUGUAAAGUUGCCACUGUAUCACUCACAACAAAGCACGAGGUGUGGGGCGGCCAGUAUCUUGGUGCCACCAGAGGCCCACCCUUGACACCCUUCACUGUGCCAGCAAAAGGCAAUAUUCACCAAAGUAAAUAAGUAACCUAGACUGGUAAUUUUUUGAUAAACUCACUUUAUUUUGUUGAAUUUUAUUGUUACAAAAAUGAGAUAGUACUAUUUGAUUUCCGUCUCACAUUUCAUUCAUGUCAAGUGGUCGCUCAUUUGGAAGUGGAAGUCACAGAAAUGUUUCAUACAGUGGACUGCUUUGCCUAUUGUUGAGUGCAGUGCCAUGUGUAAGCUAUGCAAAAAGAAAAAAAAAAUGGCACUACCUUACCUCAGUUAGCUACAUUCCUGGCGCAUUUAUUUUUAAUCUCACCACAAGUUUUUCCAUCAGUAAACAGUGAGUAACGAGUCACUUCCACACUACCCACUGUACAGGAAACUUAUUGCCUAACCUAUCUUGCCAGAACCUUUAUGGGCAAGUUCUGGCCUGAACUGUACAUUUAUUAAGAUCACUUACACUGUAUCACUAUGUGGUGGGGAACAAAGACUGAUUACAUGUAUGCAUAUCAUCCAGUGCAAAGAAUACACCGUUACAACAAAUAAACAGGAGUAAGAACUUUAGUAUACUACAUCAAUUUGUUGCCGAAGUCAAAAGAUUUAAACCUUGUAUUUAUUUUAGAGUUCUGUUUUAUAUGUACCAUUUGUUGAAAAUUAUAUAUAUAUAUAUCAAUAACAUAUAAUAAAAGAUAUCUUUUAAA